UACGACAGUUCUUUUCUAAAGAUACUGCAAAGUAAUUUAUCUGAACUAAAAGUUAUGAAUUAAAUUAAACAUUAAAAAUGCAUCGAAUAAUUAAAACGUGUUCAAAAAUCAUUCCACUUUCUGGAAAUGCAUUAAAAAUUCGAAAUGUUUCUGCCCUCUAUAUAACCGGAGACAAAGCCAGUGAAAACUAUGUAACACUACAACCCUAUAUGGACUUUAAACAAACAUUUGAGAAUAUGGAACAAUUGGAACAUUCAGUGGAAAAGAGAAAACUGGCAAUUGAUUUGAAAAGUGUAUUGAAAAUGUUUGAUACCUACAGGGAAGGUAUUAAGGCAAUGGACAAAUUAGAAGAUGAACGUGAAAUGAUAGCAAAACAAUUAAAGCAACUCGCUAAAGCUGAACAAAAAGAUGAAGAACUGAUGAAUGAUCUUAAGGAAAAGGGCAAACAUUUAAGAAAUGAUUUGAGAACGAUGAAAACUAAUUUUUAUCCCAUUGAAGAUGAGUUCAUACAAGCAUUUUUACAUUUACCAAACACUUUACAUUCUCAGUGCCCGGAGGGGGAACAUGAAAGAGUUCUUUAUCGUAGUAAGCAACAGUUAAUGAAAGCAGAAAAAUCUCACUUAGAGCAUGAUGAUUUGAUAUAUUUCAUUGAUAACAGUCGCUACUAUAUGCUAAAUGAGGCUGCUGAAUUUGAUAUAAGAGUGCCGCAAGCUUUAACCAGAUAUUUUCUAGAUAAAGGUAACUUUAUACAAACAGCUAAUCCAGAUUUUACACGCUGUGUUCUGUUAGAAGCAAAUGCUACACCCAUGGAUCAAUAUCAUAAAGUUAUGGAGGCACAUUUACAAAAUAAAUUAAAUGCCGCCUAUUUGACGGGUGGAGGAUCUUUUGAAAGUUUUCUGGGUGCUGUCACCAAACUCUGUGUUUAUCCUACGGUAUUACCUUUGAAAUUUGUUAGCAUAGGUCGUAUUUAUGAGAAAACUAACAGCAGCAAUACCCCUAACCUUUUCACAGCCACACAAAAUAAUGCUGUGCAAACAUUUGUAGCCACUACUGAUCUGCAGGAAGCAGAAGAACAAAUGGAGAAUAUUUUAAAUCUUUGUGUGGAUUUCUACAAGACUUUUAAUGUACAUUUUCGAGUUGUGUACGUCAAUGCAGCUCAACUAACACCUGCCGAAAGUUUACGUGCUCAAAUUGAAAUCUAUUCACCUCAUGAGGAACGUUAUAUAUGUGUGGGUCAUGUUAGUAAUUACAAGGAUUUUGUUUCAAAACGUAUACUUUUUACUAUGCGUCAACAAAAAGAUUACCACUUUCUGCACAUGGUAGGUGGUCCAGUUCUCUAUACCUCACGUUUAAUAGCUGCACUCAUUGAACAUGGUGAAAAUUUGGAUUAUAAAAAGGUUUUGGAAGCUUUAAAAUUGAAAGCACCCAAUGAUGCUGCUGCGGCUACAAAUGCUAUGAAUGAGUUUAAAUCUUUGUUUAAAUAAAACAAUAUUUUAAUUUUUUAAAAAUA